UUUAUGAAGAAGAGAAACGUAUAAACGUAAAUUCUUAAGUUGUUGAAAGAUGGCUUUUAAAUCAGCAUCAAGAAGACCAACAUCAUCUUCUUCAUCAACAUCUUCAAAAGACACCAAGAAACCCGCAAAUAAACAACCUCAACCUCAACCUCAACCUCAACCUCCUCGAAGAUCACGAAGUGUAAGCGCCGUCUCCAGAUCCCAUCCCGGAACCUCAAACUCAACGUCGUCGUCGUCAUUCUCUGAUUUCUUGAUUAAAAGAGACAACCCUCUUUAUUCGAGCACCGUAUCUCCACCCGACAAGGAUAACCCAGAUUGCGAUUUGGAUACAAGGGGCCGAUCUUUGUCUAGAAAUGGUUCGAAAGACAUUGGCAGGAGUUUGUCAAGAAUCGACACCGGGCGUUGCCGGUCUGUGUCUCGCGGUCCCGUGGCCAGGGCCCAUUUCUUGAACUCUGAGCCUAGUUCGCCUGAUGGUGAUUCCGCAAGCUCAUUCUCAGGAGCUGUAGAGAGGACUAGUAGAGCAGUUUGUGAGCAAUUGAAGUCAUUCCAAGAAUGUGAUUUGGGAGGUGAUGCCUCAACUCAAAUAUAUGAAACUGUUCGAUCUGAAGUUAGACGUGCUAUUGCUAGCAUCCAAAAUGAGUUUGAAAGUGAUAUCCGAAGGACCAAUACAACUGCUAUUGCAACCACCAAUGUAACCGACUUUCCUCUUGACAUGGUCAACCCAAGUGAGGUUGAAUUAGUUAUGGACAUCCAAAGAGAGUAUGCCAUGAAGCUUGAGCAGUCUCAGCAGCGGGCUAGGAAACUUCGAGCUGACCUGGCUGUUGAGGAGCACCGUGGCUUGGAGCUAAGCAGAAUCCUAAAGGAAGUCCUUCCAUAUUCUAAGAUGUCAAAUGUACAAAAACCUCGCACUGGAAGAAAAUCCAGCAUUGAAAGGAGGAGGAUGUCAAAAACUUUAACAAAAGACGCCAUGGCUUAUUUUGAUGAGUGUGUGUCACUUUCAACUUUUGAUAGCUCUGAUUUUUCAUCACCAGAGGACCCGCCGAUCAGCUUAGUUGGCAAUAGUGCUACUGUUGGAGAUUGUCCGUCACUUCCUCGAGCAAGCACUAGUGUUGCAGUCGACCCCUGCCCCAACAGUUGCACUAGUUAUUCACUGGCAUGGGGCAGAAAUAAGGAACCCAGCGCCGAUGCAAUUAGUGUGGAAACAGAAUGGGACGGCAGGUCACAAUUUGCUUUUGCUCGCAAUCAUAUUCAUAAUGAUACAUUUGAAUUAAGAGACAAGAUUGGCAAGUAUGUGAAAGACUUCGAGAGAAAGAUGGAGAAAUCGUCAACGUUAAAGAUUGAUGUGGAUGAGUAUAAUUUGCAGGCUUCAGCGCAGAGCUUGUUAUUCGAGACGCUAUUUUUUAAGAAGAAAAUUGAGUGUGGUGCUAUGCUACUAUGUGGUGGAAGCCAUCUCCUUUUGUAAUCCUCAACUCUAAAACAAACUCUCUCUAUACAUAUUUGAAUCUCAACUUAUCUAAAA